AUGACUUCCAAUUAUCUGCCGGGAAACGUACAACAUGCAACGGCUGCACCAUCCGAACUUGCAGCCACUGCUGCUGGAACUGACUUUGAAACCUGUAUCUCAAGAUCCAAGACAAGCAACCCUCAGGAUGCGGAUGAAGACACUAAAGCUCUGACGGAAACGAUGUCUGGCUGGAAGGUUCUCCUCGUGGUGAUGGGCAUUCUCAUGAGCAUGUUUCUCGUGGCUCUAGACCGUACCAUUGUCUCAACAGCCAUCCCCCAAAUCACUAACGAGUUUCACGCCCUCAACGAUUACGGCUGGUACGGUAGCGCCUACAUGCUAUCGUGCUGUGCCGUGCAGAUGCUCUUUGGCAAGGUCUUUACCUUUUUCUCCGUCAAGUACACCCUCUUCCUCAGUGUCCUUACAUUUGAGGUGGGCUCGGCUAUCUGCGGUUCGGCACCCAAGUCAAUUGCCUUUAUCAUCGGCCGGGCCAUCGCGGGCAUCGGUGCCGCUGGUAUUUUUGCUGGGGCGAUGACGUCUAUGAUUCACGUGGUGCCUCUGCACCACAAGCCAAAGCUCUUUGCGGCAAUGGGUAUGAUGCAGGUUGUCGCACAAAUUGGAGGUCCCCUGAUCGGAGGAGCAUUUACAUCACGCGUCACAUGGCGCUGGUGUUUCUAUGUGAACCUGCCAAUUGGUGGUGCCGCCAUGAUUGUCAUUCUUCUUUUCCUCGAAAUUCCCCAGCAACGUCAAUUGAAAAACAAACCCCUGAAGUGGAAGAUGCGGCAGCUGGAUUUCCCCGGGACCAUUUUGGUGGCUUCUGGAGCCAUCUGCAUCCUGCUGGCUCUCCAGUGGGGCGGCCAGACAUAUGCUUGGAACAAUGGUCGCGUUAUUGCUCUUCUCAUCAUUGGCAUUUUCUGCCUGAUCGGCUUUGGCCUCAUCCAAGUGUUCUGCCCAGACACCGCCACCAUUCCCCUGUAUCUAUUCCGCAACAGGAGCGUCGUCGCGGCUUGGUUCCUGUUUGUAUUUUUCAGCUGCUCUAACUUUGUCUUCAUCUAUUUCAUUCCCAACUGGUUCCAGGCCAUCACGCACGUUUCAUCCGUGCAGUCUGGAAUCCGCACUAUUCCGCUCAUGGCCUCAUCCAUUGUCGGCCUGAUUCUUGGAGGUAUCCUGACCAGUAAAAUAGGGUACUAUGUGCCAUUUGCUAUCCUCGGUGCCGUCCUCUCUUCCAUCGGCGGCGGUCUCAUCUCUACCUGGACUGUCGACACACCGAUGUCGAAAUGGAUCGGCUACCAGAUUGUCAACGGCAUUGGCGUCGGGUUUGUCUACCAGAUUCCUAAUCUCGCCAUCCAGGCGGUCUUGCCUAAGAAAGAUGCCCCCACAGGUUUCGCCACUGCUCUCUUUGGCGGCCUUCUUAUGGCGUCUGUCUUUGUGUCAGUAGGUGAAAACGUGCUUGCCACCCAGCUCGUUAGCCGACUGUCCAAGUUGACGGGAGGCCCUAUUGACCCGAGUCUCAUAUAUGAGAGUGGUGCAACCACGCUGUUGAACAACCUGCCGGCCAACCUACAGGAGGCCGGACUUGUCGCCUACAACGACUCGCUGCGUGUAGUUUUUCAGAUCGGAAUGGCCCUGUCGUGUGUUUGUGUCCCUGGUGCCUGCGCCCUGGAAUGGAAGAGCGUGGCUGCACCAUGGGCAAAGAAGACCGAAGAGAAGGACGCGAAAGCGAAUGAAGCAGCCGAGGAAUCGGCCGAGGCAGGAAGAUAUAAGGAAGAAAGAAAACUCACCAAGACCUACCACACAUCGUCGUACGGCCGCAUAGCCAAUCACCAUGGAUUUGAGGACCACGGCAAAACCAUUUUAAUCACCGGCGGUGCCAGUGGUGUGGGCUAUAGCAUCUCUAAAGCAUUUGCUGGUACGGGCGUUGCACGCAUUGCUAUUCUGUCCCGCUCGGCAGACGCCCAGGCAAUAGCCAAACGCGAACUGGAUAUGGCUUUUCCCGCCACGCAGAUUCUGAUAUAUGCUGUUUCAAUCACUGAUACAGCCUGUGUCGUUGCCAUCUUACAGGAGCUAGGGACUGUCGACGUUCUAGUGCUGAAUGCAGCCGUCGCCCACCGCCGGGCAGCUGGCACCGAUAUCACUGUGGACGAAGUGCAAGAGGCCUUUGAUACCAACAUCAUCGGUCCUUUUGCGCUGACCAAGGCCUACCUGUCGCAGCCCACACCCAUACGCAAGACGGUGCUGCACGUGUCGUCCGUCGCCUUACAGCUUUCGGGUUAUCGCAUCGGCUACGGGCCCAGCAAGGCAGCAGCAACACAGGUCAUGCAGCACUUUGCGGCCGAAAGAAAGGACGAUGGCAACACCAAGAUAAUUUCCUUUCACCCAGGGACCAUCUGGACACCGGGCACGGAGAAAGUACUCGGCGGGAUCUUCAGCAAGGAUGCCAAGCACUGGGAGGAUAUCGAUCUGCCGGCGCAUUUUGCGCUGUGGCUAGCAGGGUCCGAGAGUGGGUUCUUGCACGGGCGGUUUGUGUGGGCACAAUGGGACGUCGAUGAGCUGCUGGCUCUGCAGGAUCAGCUAACGCCAGAGUCGGACGUGUUGAAAGUCGGGUUGAUUCUGCGGGAAACCAAUGAAACUACCUAA